GUAUAGUUUGAUAGCCAGCUCUAUAAGCUUUAAUUUGAUAUGGGGCUUAGGUAUCUACCGCUUAAACCAGAUGCGCUGCAUUGCUUGGACGCGAGACACCCCUGAAGGUAUACGGUAACCUUAAUUGGAAAAUCCCAAACCCUUCCUUGCCAUACUGACCUCACUAUUGCUUGGUGAAUAUGACAAGGUUUCAGUCUUAGAAUAUAACUCACAAGACUUCACUUAGUAAUAAUAAGAAGUUAUGAUACAACCAGUAUAUACACAUCAGGUUUUACAGUACUUACUACAGUUGAGGGAUGUCAGUUUAGGUUCUUGCAAAGAAUAAAUUGAAGUUACAUGUAUGUCAUAUGUACAACUUUACUCCAUGUGCUCAUUGGUAAUGUCCAAUACAAUAAUUAGAACAUUUUAUUAUUUUUCAGAUCUCUUGAUAAACAAGGCAGAUUCAACAAAGGUAGCUGAGUCCUGGGUGGGCCGUAAGAUUACAGUGGUCUGUGCAGUUAAGGUGCCUGAGAGCAUUCAAAAGAAUGUCAUGUUUUCUUGGACGCAUAUACCAUCAAACAGAACUGUGCCUAGAGAAUUCCAUGACGACAUGAGAAGUAAAAGCUUCUUGGCAAUAACCACAAACAAAGAUGAAGACUUCGAGACAUUGCAGUGCAAGGCAGAAACCAAGUCAACAGUGAAAUUCCACAUAAUCAACAUAACCAAACUAAGUGCACCAUCUGAACCCAGAAAUCUCAAGACAGAAGUAGUAUUUAACACUAAAAGUGCACAAACCUUCAUUAGGCUUUACUGGGACCCUCCUGCAGAAAAUGGUGGUUCUGUAGUUGAAAAAUACAUUAUUCAGUACAUAGUAAGUGGACUUCCGUGGAAUUCACCUCACACAGUUGAAACAAAAGACACUGCAUUUGAGAAGUUGCAUGUAAAGCUGCGAAGUGGAGGAAAGUAUAGUGCAAGAGUCAGGGCACAAAACAAGGCAGGGCUUGGACCAGCAUCAAAUGAAGUGCUCAUAAACCUUGGUAUGUCUGAGGUUAUAGAAAAAAUUUGCAAUUUUUUACUCUUAGGCUGAGUGGGUUUUCUGUUCUGUGUUACUGUCUCAUAUGUGCUUACAGUUUGAGUCAUUAGAUUAUUCGUGACAUCUAAAUAUUUAUCUGUAUCUAAUUAAUGUCUAACCAGAUUGGUGAAAUGUCUGAUUUAAAUGAGAUAUGAAAUUGUCCUACUUUGUAGUCCACCUUCCUGUUCACAAGGCCA